GUUCCAGUUGCUGUUACCAGACCUCCUGUCGCUAGGCCCGUAGGUCCUCCUAGAAAUCCUGGUCCUCCUCGAGGUGCUCCGAGACCUGGGCCUAGACCGCCUCAUGUACAUUACAAGCCUGCGAAAGUAUCAACUCUCAGAAGAUACUGUGUUCCCGUAACAACCGCCGUUCUGGUGGUGGCUUCACUUGUGGUCAUAGGUAUACUGAUUAAAGUGGUCAUUGAUAAUUACUACUUCUUCUGCAUGAAGUCAUUUAAAUUUAUUCCUUUGGACAAAUGGUGUGAUGGUAAGGAGGAUUGUACUGGCGGUGAAGAUGAAUUGCAAUGUGUGCAGCGAGUAAACUCCAGCAACACUUCCAUUGUUAGGCUUUCAGAUGUUGGCUCCAUCCUACAGAUCUUGGCAUCCACAGGAACUUGGAGCUAUAUAUGUGCUGAUGGUUUUGACAUUGCCAGAGCAAAAGCUGUAUGUGCAGAAAUUGGAUUUUCCAGUAAGCCCUCAUUUUCCAGUGUGAAUGCUUCAACACAAAAUGGACAAUUCAGUAACAUUCUGCUAAAUGACCGCGGGUUUCUGGUGAUUCCCACUGGUGCUUGUACGUCUGGCACUGUUAUAUCCCUGAGGUGCAUAGAUUGUGGCAUCAACCGUAGAAAAGAACGAAUUAUUGGUGGCCACGAUACCUCAAUUGAGAACUCACCAUGGCAGGUCAGCCUUCAGUACAUGGGGCAGCAUUCGUGUGGGGGCAGUAUAAUCACCCCAUCCUUUAUCCUUUGUGCUGCGCACUGCUUCCCACAGGGACAGCAACAGGUGAAUAGAUGGCGUGUUGAGAUUGGACAUUCGCGUCUUACAUACACCUUUGCCUCACAGGUGGACAAGAUCUACAUUCCCACAUCAUACAAUUUAGUUUCGAAGCCAAAUGAUAUCGCCAUACUUAGGCUGAAGAGUGAACUCAGCUUCUCAGCUACUGUGCAGCCUAUUUGUCUUCCGGGGUUUGAUAGCAAUUUGCAAGCAGGUGCCUCUUUAUCAGUUACAGGCUGGGGACACACUGUGGAAGGAGGUUCCUUGGCCUCCACACUUCAGGAAGUAAGUGUUUCAGUGAUCUCCAAUGACAUAUGUAACAAUGAGUACUUUGGCCAGAUCUUGGACUCCAUGAUGUGUGCUGGUCGACUUUCAGGUGGACUAGACACCUGCCAGGGUGACAGUGGUGGCCCAUUGGUGUCACUGGGCCCCAACUCCUUCUGGCAACAAAAUGGCAUUGUGAGUUGGGGAGAUGGGUGUGGACGACCAGGAAAAGUUGGGGUAUACACUAGACUCGCAUCAUUUUUACCAUGGGUUACAAGCACGAUGAAGGUAAUUUAUUUUAAGCAGUUGUGGUGUCCUUGUGAUGUAUACAAGUGCGGGAUUGUAGCUCCUACGAUUGACAGGAUCAACUUUAUUUAUUACCUCUACCCUUCACCUGCAAAGAUGAUGGAACAUGCAGCUGGAGAACCACAAUGUGCAAACAGAGGUCUCUAA